AACUCCCGCAUCAAGCUCGCCAUCAAGAGCCUGGUGACUAAAGGCACCCUGCUGCAGGUCAAAGGGACCGGCGCCUCCGGCUCCUUCAAGCUCAACAAGCAGCAAACCGAGACCAAGAAGAAGCCGGCGAAGAAAGCGGCUCCUAAAGCGAAGAAGCCCGCGGCCAAGAAACCCGCUGCUGCCAAGAAGCCCAAGAGCGCAGCGGCAAAGAAGCCCGCCGCUAAGAAGGCGCCCAAGAAGGCCAAGAAACCCGCCGCUGCAGCCGCGAAGAAGACGACGAAGAGCCCCAAGAAGCCGAAGAAGCCCGCGGCGCCGAAGAAAGCAGCCAAGAGCCCCAAAAAGCCCAAGAGCCCCAAAAAAGCCAAGAGCCCCAAACCCAAGACGGCGAAGCCUAAAGCUGCCAAGCCGAAAAGAGCAGCUCCCAAGAAGAAGUAAAAACACUGUUUUAUUCCACAACGGCUCUUUUCAGAGCCACCCACUAACUCUAAAGAAAGAGCAGUUCACUUUGUGUUAU